UGCAGUGCUCACAGCACGGCGUGUCUUAUUAUUACUACUGCUGCAGCUCCGUGUUCGAGGCUAUACACAAAACUAAAAUUAAGAAAAACCUCCGCAUGUGGUUUCCUCCUCGUGUCCUCUUGGAAUGUAUCCGUCUGCUGUGAAGUCUCACUGCUCACUGAAAUGCGCUCUCGGAUGAACCGGACCUGUCGAUUCUCACCGGCAACUCCUGCAGCAUCCUCUUAAAAAAAAAAAAAAAAACCACCUUGACUUCUAUUCUUUAUUUCUCACACGGGACACCGGCUGACUGCAGGCUGAUUAAAUGGAUAAUAACGCUGCAAAUUCGGAGAAAUCUCAACUGAUACACGAGAAGAGUGCGAAAAUGUAUUCUCUCAAACUACAAAGCUCCUUUCCAGAUUCCAAAGAGCAAUAUCCCGACUUCCCCUUCAAGAACGGAGGCGUGGCCGGUGCCAUCGAGCUAAAGCGGCCCAUCGCCGCCCACUGCCACGGGGCCAAAGCCCCGGCGCGUGAGGAGAGCGGCGACAGGCUGCUGGCCAAGAAGAAGCUCUACAUCGCGUCGGCCGUCUGCCUCGUCUUCAUGAUUGGCGAGGUCAUAGGAGGCUACCUGGCCCACAGCCUGGCCAUCAUGACCGAUGCGGCCCACCUCCUGACAGAUUUUGGCAGCAUGAUGGUGAGCCUGUUCUCCCUGUGGAUCUCCUCCAGACCGCCCACCAAAACCAUGAACUUCGGUUGGUACCGAUCAGAGAUCCUCGGGGCAUUCAUCUCCGCCAUUUCCAUCUGGAUCGUUACGGGGGCUCUGGUCUAUUUAGCCAUCGAGAGGAUCGUACGCAACGACUACGAGAUUGAUGGCCAUGUAAUGUUGGUCACCUCCGGCUGUGCCGUCAUCGUCAAUAUAAUCAUGGCCUACAUCCUCCAUCAUUCCACCACCUUCCACGCCCACGGCAGCGGCUACCAGCAGAUCGACGAGGGCGGCCAGAGUCCCGUCGCUCACGGCCACUCCCACGCGCUCCUCGGUGACCACAGCAACACCAGCGUCCGCGCCGCCUUCAUCCACGUGGUCGGAGACCUGCUGCAGAGCGUCGGCGUCAUGGUGGCAGCGAUCAUCAUCUACUUUCGGCCCGAGUACAAAGUUGCAGAUCCCAUCUGUACGUUCCUGUUCUCCGUCUUUGUCCUCUGCACCACCGUCACCAUCCUCAGAGACGUCUUCAGGAUACUCAUGGAAGGCUCCCCGAAAGGAAUCGAGUUUAACUCGGUGAAGGAGGUGCUGCUGUCCGUGAAGGCGGUGAAGUCGAUGCACUCUCUGCACCUCUGGGCUCUGACUCUGGGCCAGGCCCUGGUGUCUGUUCACGUGGCCAUAGAGGAGGGUGCCGACGCUCAGUCGGUGCUGCGGGAGGCCACCGAUCUGCUCCACACCAAGUUUGGUUUCCACAGCAUCACCAUCCAGGUGGAGCUCUACUCCGAAGACAUGAGCCACUGCUCCCACUGCCAGGACCCCAGUGACUGAUACCGAUACCGGACCGGACCGGAUACCCAACAGGAACACCAAACGGCUCAGGCAUUAUUCGUCCAUUGUCUCUGGGUGAGCUAGUGCAGUGACAGCUGUAUUCACAAUGCAGCUUCCUGUUUAAGGAGUACAAACUAUUGUUGGUAGGUUUUUUUUGUGUUUGCCAUUUAGUCACGAGACAGCGAAAUCAUCCAUGUGUUGGUAGCAGAGUGCUGAUGCUGGAGCUCCAUGCUAACAUGGAACUAAGCCUGGCAGUCCUCCAAUAAAGUCCCUCUUCAGAGAAAGAAAAUAGGGUGGAUACUCUAAUCUCUAGGUUUGCAUGGAGCUUUUACCAAAUACUGAGAAUAGAAGAAUUUAAACUGCAUACUGGGUUGAUCAGGUGCUUGUACAGAAAAUCUUUCAGUAAUUAAAAAAGUUGAGUCCUGAAGACAGAAAAUAUGCAACAGAGACAUAAAAACCUCGAAUUCUGAACCUAAUCAAAAAUUGCACUACAGCACUAUUUAGGUGGAGGGGAACAAAUUCUACUAUAGCAUAAUUUGUUUGCAGGACUAGUUUGCUAUCUCACAGCUGGUUUACAGUAGUUGCAAAUAAGUUACAGACCUUUAUACAAACUCAAUAAGGAAGUGGAGUUUUACUUGCGCUUGAGUGUCUUCUCCGUGUUUGUCCAGUUCUGGGUGAUACGCCGCCAUAAAGUUUGCAUGAAUAUGAACACAACCGAUAGAAGCAGCAGGGAUCCACCCUGAGCACCCUUGUGAAGGACUCUUGUUUUUUUAUUCCACGUUUGACAUCCAGAUCAGUGUUUCACAACUGACUGAAGACCCCUGACUAAGUGACAUUUUAAGGAUAUUUCAUGUUAUAUUCAUGGCAUAACAAUAACAGUAGAACUGAUAAACUGUACAAUUAACUCUCGCAAGUGAACGCAAUAGGAAGUUUGUGUAAAACGAGUGAUUUGGGCAGGUUAUUUCCUGUGAAUAUUGCAUCAGCGAUGAGUUUUCCUGUUAUUUUUUUGGGACUUUCAAUACAAAUAUCUGUAAUUUUUUUUAUCAACCAUACCUCUUUUUUUGACAUUGUUCUAUCAGCUCUUUGGUUGUUUUAACUGCGUAUUUUUUCUAAUUUUCAAAUUCAUAUCUUAAUUAAUAAUCUAAACAAACUAUUUCAUGCAGAUUUCUUCACAGAAAUGAAUGAAAUGCUGGGAUGUAGGCGACUGUAUAUCACUUUUAGAAAGUUGUCUUGGACUCCUUAAAAUCAAGAAGGCCUCACGUGAUGCCUUGGAGACCACUAACUAACCAGUGAUCUAGAUUAUCACACUUUAAAAAUAAAAUAUAAGAACAGACAAUUCAAGUAAUGCAGCAAAGAUUAUAUUUAUGCAACUAUUUCAGUCUCUCCCAGUUGAUAACAGUAACUGCUGGUUGAAAACACUGCCUGAUUUUAUAUAAAUUAAGGGAAACUGCCAGAUGUAGGACCACAUACAUACUUUAAAGAUUUAGGGCAGCUACUUAUUUUCUACAGUAACUUCCCUCAUAAUGCUACUUUUCUUAAUCUGUUAGCAUGGAGCACCUGAUGUCAUGUUCUACCAGAGACACAUGGAUGACUUUUAAUGUCCAACUUUACCAAAAGGCCCGUCUACCUCCGGACACUCACUCUACAGCUCACUGCCAUCUUUGUUCCAUUAAUCUGCUUUUCCCACUAAAAGUCCGGAAUCUGCAACACUAGCCGGUCACGAAUUAACUUUCUCAUUUGCAAACUUAAUGUCUUGACAUUCUAAAAUACAGAAGUACGUGAAUUGUGACAAAGCAAUAGAGUGCUACAGGAAUGAGUCACAAAACCCAGAAAUGAGUCAGCGUUUUUGAAUUUUUGAAGCUUUUACGUGACGUAAAAAAGGCGGUCGCUAACAAGUGGCUAAAUGAGACUACGACACGUCAUCAGGCCGACUAGACCGCCUUCAAAGCCUCGUUGUGUACGCUUGCGCCUCAGUGACAGCAGCAUAGUUAUUAGUUUAUAACGUAAAUCUUCACAGCAAACAAAUCAUAAACGUUUGUUUGCCACGGGGCUUAUUUUCUGCAAUAAUCCAAAAUCUCGUUGUCUUUUUGACAAGGAAACAAGCGUGACGCCGACUUCCUGGUUGGCCUUCAAAUACAGCUCAUCCCUGCAGCACUCUACAGUGUCAUUGUUGAUUUAAAGAGAUUUAAUGGACCUGCAAACUGUUUUCAUUUGGAGCCACAUUGUUCGGCGUUUUGUCCGCUAUGGAUGGAAAAUAUAAAAGUUCAUUUCUCAUUUCACCAUGAGCUCUCGUCUGGAGACCGAAACUGUUCCACUACUCCCUUUAAACAUAAACUGCUCUGUACCUCAUCGUACCAUGCUGACUAGAAGUGUUAUAUGUCUUGUAUCUAAUAAUUCAGCUAACUGUUGACUUGACCAAUCUCUCUACUUGUACUGUACUUCGUUUUGUUUGAUCACAUCAUGCCAAAGAUGAGGAGUCUCCAUUUCAGAGUGUCACGAAAACAAUGGAUUAUUCAAGAUAAGUGGACACGUAGAUUAGAGUAUGAAGGAUUGGUGGUGAUGUUUCUUAAGAGAACAGCAGCCUCAAAACUCAUUCAGGGCUAUUUUAGUUCCUUUUACAGUGUUGUAGCUUUGAGGCAUUCUUGCGUUCACUUUGGGGUUUGUUUGCUAUUCUGUCUUUAGUGCGUCUUGGUGAGAAGGGUUUUGCCUGAUAGUGGGAUCUGUAUUGAUAAGUGUCAGACUGAAAAAGCACUCGGCGUCUUCCACUCCGGGCUGACGUUCAGUUCUGAGGGCAGAAAUGAUUUAGUCAUGUGGUGAUGUAGUUAGCCUAACGUUAGCUCUUUGACUUCUGCCGGUUGCAUUCACGCUUCAGAAAUCAUAAAAGUGGUGUUUAUUUGUGAAGAUUAUCUUGUUGAACUAAACGUGCAAGUAUAUCAUAAACAUUUGUUUGCCACAGAGAUUAUUUUCCACAAUAAUCCAAAAUCGGUUUUUAGUCGAGGGAACCAGAGCGAUGCUAACUUCUGCAGAACUCUAUAGUCCCAUUAUAACUAGGACACUUGAAUGACACCUCACCUCCUUUACUGUGCCCUUUUGCUCAAGCCCUUAUGCUAUAAAUCUCCUUUCAACACACGUCAUGGUUUAUACAUAUCCCGCCCUCUUUCCAUAUUAUUCCAACUCUUCAUACGUCUCCAAAACACAGCAAUGCAGCUUAGCUCCCAGACAUUCAUCAAGCAAUUCUAUUCAGCCUCCAGCUUCUCUUGCCAUCGCUGCAGCUCAGCAUUAGCUCUUCAGCAGAAGUCUCUCGUUAGUUAGGUUGUCGGCAACUGGCCAGAAAAGGUUGUGUGAAAAGAGUUCAUCCUCUGGGGAGCGAGAUUGUGCCCUUUUAGUUUUAGAAUUUCUGGGGACCAAGAAAACCAGCCGGUCGGUAUUAGUUAACACUUUGAGUAAACAGAAUAAUUGGCAUCAUUUUUGCAACCAUAAGAAAAGCCAAGCAGCCCGUCGACAUGCCUGUAAUGUUCCGCAGCUGCUAUGAACGUCUUGAUGUUGUUCGUUGCUCUCAAAGAAAGGACAAUUGUACAUCGUAAACUCCUGGUCGACACCCAUUCUGAUACGAACACGUGCAUGGUUGUUAGCCGUUAUUCAAUAUCACGUACAGUAACGAAGUUUCCUCGUCCAACUGCCAAUCACAACAUGUUGACACGCCGUGCGGAGGAUUAAUCAAAGAAAAGAUUUCUUCUUUAAAAUUCUAUAUUUUCACCAAUGUUUGAGGAGAUCCUGUAUAUUUAAAAUACAUUUUUCCUUUUGAAAUAAUGCUAAAUGAGAAUAUAUAUGGACUCAACAGCUAAGAUGAAACAAAGUGAAUGUAACACAGACCAAUGCAUUUUACUGUGCUGGUUUUGAUAUACGUGCUCUCUGAAGUUCUUCAUUUACCUUCGUUCUCCUUUGUUCACUCUGGAAGUCUGAUGUUUGAGAAUGCUCUGUAUCGUGCUGUUACUGUCCGUGACAAUUAUACUCCGUGUGUGACUGUUGUAAAUAUGUCAAAUAUUGUGUGUUUUCUGUGUAUGAUUUUGUGCAUACAUGUGAAAAUACAGUUAUCCCUCUUGUACAAUCGGUCCUACUUGUCUAUGUGCUCUGGUGAUGUUGCAUAAUUCCACAUCUGUGAUGUUUGAUAUUUCAUUUUUAAUGUGUGGCAAAGAGUUUUUUGUAACGUGAAAUAAAAGAUUGC